ACACUUCACUUAAUGAUAGAACAAUGUCCUCUAUCAGAGCAUCAUACGAAGUAGGAGUUAGCUUCCUUGAGUUUUUGGGGGAGAGGAUAUCGAAAACGGACAAAAACGAGCUUCGGGAGAUUUACAACUUAGAGUUUAAAAGGGAUGGAAGCAAAGAACCUUCAUUUUCCAGUGUGAUCAAUGCUUUAAAAGUCUUUAACAUAGCCAGCAUAACGCCUGGGAAAGUUAUGUUUCAUGGCAAACCAAAGGUGCGAAUAUACUACACACAACAGAACACCAGCACAGCGUCCCCAGACUCUUCACCAGCCCCAGCAUCCUCUUCUUCUUGUCCUCCGACCACUAACCCCAUCCUUACCCCAAAGAGAAAACUCGCUUCAGAAAUCCUCAGCAAACUCAGAGUGAAACGAGCUGAACUCAUCAAAGACAAAGGAGGUGUUGAAAUAACCUCUGACCCUAAGGGCACCAAAGGGAAGGUUACGUUCAGUAUCGAGGAGCUUGGGAAGCUGUUUGUGGUGAAGUUUUAUAUCGUAAAUAAGGGCCAGAGAUGCAUCAACUUCAGCUACUACACAGCUCUGCACGGGAUGCGCUGCUUCACUCUAGUGGAUGAGAAGAGAGUAAAGCGUGUUUGCCCUCUUCUCCUGUGUCCAGGUGAGCGUUAUGUUGUUGAGGUGCAUUACAAAGUCCAUCAUCAUGGACACUUUCCAGCCACCAUGUACUUUGAGUUCUGCCCGGUGUCGGAGCCCCCAGAAACGGCUAAACCAUUCUGCAUCGUCCAAGAACUGGAGGCUGUCGUUCAGACCCAACUAGCUGCACAGCUUGGACCAGUGAGCCAAUACAACCCCAAACAGAACAGACGACUCCGACCUAAGAACAGGAAUGUUGAAGAAGGUGUACCACCUGAGAGUUUUUUCACACACGCUCUGAAGUCUGUGGUAAAGCUGAAGGAGUUCAAGUACCCAGCAUACUUGAAGGAGUUGGCCAGACAAAAAUUGGAGGACUCUGAAGGCCUAUCCCCCUCAGUAAGACAGCAACUUCCCAGAUUGAGGCGAGUAUUGGAGGCUCAGCUGUGUAUGAAGAACUACACAGAGCGCUUCCACAUCCUCCUACACCUGGAGGAGAUUCAGAUGGAGGUGGACAUCAAGAAGUAUGACCUCCAUGGCCAGAUCAUGACCCGUGACAAAUCCAACAAAAAGCUACUCAUUCUCAAAGUACCUGGUGUUGCAGAGAACAGACCGUCUGUAUUGAGAGGAGAUCUUCUGAGUGUCUGUGUGUCUGCGGACAAGGACCACCCUAUCACUGUCUACAAAGGCUACGUCCAUCGAGUUGAGCUUGAGAGAGUUAAACUCGGCUUCGCCACUAAUCUUCUCCAGAGGUUUCUCAGUAACAUGAAGUUUGAUGUGGAGUUCAACAUCAAUCGCUUACCCAUAAAGCUUCAGCUCAGAGCGGUGGAGCUUGCCGUCCAGCACAAACUGGGAGAUGUGCUGUUUCCCUCUGAUAAUGGCAAAAGAAACUAUACAUUACCACACCUAAGCAUGUUUAAUAAGGAUUUAGAGAAGAACCCUGAGCAGAAGGCUGCAGUUCAGCACAUUGUGUCGGGCACAUCCAAACCAGCACCAUACCUAAUCUUUGGACCUCCUGGGACAGGCAAAACUGUCACACUGGUGGAAGCCAUAAAGCAGGUGAAUAAGUCUGUUGCCAAUGCCCACAUCCUGGCCUGUGCUCCCUCGAACAGUGCUUGUGAUCUGUUGUGUGAGAGGUUAUUAGGAUACGUGGAUGCCCAUCGCCUGUAUCGUCUCUAUGCUCCCAGUAGAGACCCUCUUACUGUACCACAGAAACUGCUGGAACACAGUAACUGGAAUGAGGCUCAGGACAGCUUUCUCCUCCUGUCCAGAGAAGCAAUGAUGAAAUACACAGUCAUCGUGGUUACCUUGAUCACUGCUGGAAGGCUUGUGUCAGCAGGCUUCGCUAAGGGUCACUUCACACACAUCUUUAUAGAUGAGGCUGGACAAGCUGUGGAGCCUGAGUGUAUCAUCGGGAUUGCAGGGUUGCUCAACCCUGUGAAGGGCCAGCUGGUUCUGGCCGGAGACCCACAGCAGCUGGGCCCCGUCCUGAGAUCUCCAUUAGCACAGCAACAUGGACUGGGAUAUUCACUCCUAGAGAGGCUUAUGAAACAGAACGCUCUCUAUCAGAAGAUCCAGGAUGGUCACCUUAAAUAUGACCGUCGCUUCGUCACCAAGCUUCUACGCAACUACAGGUCUCACCCCUCCAUUCUUAAGAUCCCCAAUGAGCUUUUCUAUGAGAAUGAGCUGCAAGUGUUUGCUAAUCAGAUGGAACGUGAGGCAUUCUGUUGCUGGGAGCAUCUUCCUAAGAAGGGAUUUCCUGUUUUAUUUCAUGGAGUGAUGGGGAAGGAUGAAAGAGAGGCCAACAGUCCAUCAUUCUUCAACGUGACUGAGAUUGAGGUCAUCGUCAGCUACUUGAACAAACUCAUGCAAACGCAGGGAAAGAAGGGGCUUCCCAAACUCAUCGCCAAUGACAUUGGCAUUAUCGCUCCUUACAGGAAGCAGGUGGAGAAGGUUCAGAAAGCUCUGAACACUGUGGCAGAAUUGAGCAAGUGGAAAGACAUCAAGGUGGGGUCAGUUGAAGAGUUCCAGGGUCAGGAGAGGAAAGUCAUCAUUGUGUCCACCGUCCGCAGCAGCAUCAACUAUGUCAAGAUGGACCAAGAAUUCAACAUUGGCUUCCUUUCAAAUGAGAAGAGGUUUAAUGUGGCCAUGACUAGAGCAAAAGCCCUGCUCAUUGUGGUGGGAAACCCAGUCAUACUAAGCAAGGACCCUACUUGGCAGAGGUUUAUCCGUUACUGUGAACAUGAGCAGGGCUGCACUGGUUUUGCCUGCAAAGAUGCUGAAGGGGAAGAGGAUGUGGUCAAUCGUCUGGCAACUUUAUCAAUCACUUCAGAUGAUAUGGAUGAGAGCCCUCUACAGCAGAAUGUGCACCCAGAGUCUAGAGAGCUCACCGAUAAUGACCUAAGGGAGAACAGAAGCAUUGCACCUUAUGCAGCUAUUCCCACCAGUAUGGACGUCAGUGACCAAGAUUCUGCAUCUGAAUCGGACAUUGAAACAAACCUACCUGAGCCACUUAGUUCUGUAUAUGACAAACCGUUAAGGGGCCUCCCACCACAGGUACUAAAGGAGAAGAGUCUUGAGAUAUAUCAGAGACUUAAAAAUAAGCUUACUUUAGAUCAAUGUGAAACUCUCGAGCGUACUACCAGGGAGCAAUCAAAAUGCACGGCCUGGCACACACACAGAGAAGGCAGAAUAACAAGCACAAACUUCCACCUUUGGUGCAAAGAUGCAGAGCCUAAAGACAAUGACAUUAUAAACAUCAUGCAUUACAAUAAGACAGAGGGUCCACAAGUACAGGCUGUAUUCUGGGGGAGAGAAAUGGAGGAUACAGCAAGAAAAUGCUACAUUGAACAAAUGAGUAAAGGUCAUGUGAAUUUCUCUGCUAGGCUCUCUGGUCUUGUUGUUCACCCAGACAACUUACACCUUGGUGCAUCACCUGAUGGGAUUGUGAGCUGUUCAUGUUGUGGGAAGGGAACACUGGAGAUUAAGUGCCCAUAUAGAGAGGGCCUGACCAGCUUGGAGAUUGAAGACCCACAGUUCUGCCUUGACACAACAUGGCAGCUGAAGAGGAACCACCGUUACUAUUACCAAGUCCAGCUGCAGAUUUUUGUGUGCGAUGUCCAUUACAGUGACUUUGUAGUUUGGACCAAACAGGUCAUGGUCAUCAAUCGUAUUGUGAGAGACGAAGACUUGCUGCUGAGAGCCUUGCCUAAGGCUGAACGUCUCUUCCUCGACCAUAUUCUACCAGAGCUGAUGACCCGGAGCAUGGAUCCCUGCCUUAUUGAUGAACACACAAUGUACUGUCCAGACUGCAACAGGCCAGAUUAUGUCAUGAUGAUUCGCUGUGCCAAGUGCAGAAGUCGUUUCCACUACAAGUGUGUUCAGAUCAAAAGAUGGUCACCUAAGUGGCUUUGCAAACAGUGCAAGACCUAAAAUGCAAUAACCAAAAAAAAAAAAAACAACAUGGACAAAAUAUAAAUGUUCAUGUACAUUGUUCCUUUACAAUCUGCAACUUAAUUUCUCAUUUUAUCAUCUUAUCUGUGCACAUUUGCUCUAGUGUGUGUUUCACAAGUAUUUGAUGUUGCUCCUAACAUCUAUGGAUUUUGGUCAAUAAAUUCAAAUUUUUUAAAAACAAAAUGCUUCUAGUUAAUAGAGAAUGUCCAAUAUACUUAAUAUGAACUUAGUCAAUUUUCACCCCAAAUGUUGUAUUGAUUUGAUAAAAGGGCUAGUAAAAGCUGAAAAACUGAUUUCUGUAAAUUUUUAAUGUUUCAUAAUUUUGUGACUACUCACAAAACUGCAUGUGAAGUAAUUAAAUUCAUUAUUAAAAAAUAA